AACUGCUACCGCUACUGCUGCUACUACUCUCCAACUGGAAAACUUCCUGGCCAUUUGGUCUUUGAGAUAGAACUUUCUUAGCAACUUCCACCGACAGUGACAAUGCUUUGCAACUGGUUUACAGAUAUAAGCUUCAUAACUCUAUCGCUUGAACCACACAGAGAUAAUGGAGCACGAAGUUAUUACCAUUCAUGAGGAGGAAGAGAAUAUAAGCAACUUGAAUAGAAAGGGAAAGUCUUUAGCAAAUGAUGCAAGUUGCAGCCAAAUUCAAGAAUUGGGGAAAGUUUCUGAAGUUCCUUCAAGUUCAACAUCGUCAAGCCCAAGUCAAGAUGAGUACCAAGUUCCAGAACCUACUGAGAUCAAAAGCCAAGAGGAAUCUGAACAAGAUGAAGCUGCAGUGAGAAACUCGUUGACUCUCAUCGAGCGUCGUCUUAAGGAAAGGCCUCGAGCAGCAAUAACACACGGAAAAGGCAGGAAUUUAUCUGUGUGCAUCUUCAGGUUUCCUCCUAGUCUUCGAGAUAUCAAUCCAAAUGCCUCCCAGCCUGAGCUUGUAGCUAUAGGCCCUUACCACAGGGGCAAGGAUCAUUUACUUGAGUUUGAAUGCCAUAAGUGGUUCUUCCUUGACAAGUUCCUUUUCAGAUCUAGUGCUUCUGGAAAUGGUUUGAGCCACUAUUUAAGUAGAUUGAAAAAAGAAGAAGGGAAUGCUAGAGAUUGCUACUUGGACAUUAUUGAAAUGGCAAGUCAUGACUUCGUUGAAAUGAUGCUGCUCGACGGUUGCUUCAUCCUUGAACUUCUAAUCCAUCUUAACCUUGGUGGAGACAUUGCGGAUGACAAUGAUCCCAUCUUCACAAGGCCCUGGUUGAUCCCAAUUCUCAUUAGAGACCUCCUUAAGCUUGAGAACCAGCUACCCUUUUUUGUUCUUGACUUAUUGUAUCAAUUGUCUGGAAUUGGGAGUGUUUUGGACGGUAAGUUGGAUCCUUUGGCAAUACUUGCCUUAAGAACCUUUGAUCUAGCCCUUCCAAGACCUCUGGAAAAUCUUAAGAACCCAUUCUGUCUCUACAAAGGAGAGCAUUUGCUUCACUUGGUUUAUUCAAGUUUUGUUUCCUCUAAUUUGCUAACUCACUGCAAUGCGUUGGAGGAAUAUUGCCCAUCAGAUCAGUCAAUACAAUGUGUCACACAGUUGAGGCAAUCAGGAGUGAAGUUCAAGUCGAGAAAAAGAGAAAGCUUCUUGGAUAUAAAUUACCAAAAUCAAGUGCUAGAAAUUCCGUACGUUACCAUAAAUGACUUCACAAGCACCCUCCUCAUAAACUGUGUAGCCUUGGAGCAGUGCCAGGAAAAGAGACCCAAGUACUUUACUGAUUACAUCUCUUUCAUGAGUUGUCUCAUAAGCCAACCAAGAGAUGUAGCAUUCCUGUUCUCAGAUGGAAUCAUCACAAGGUUUUCCAAAGAUGACAGAUAUGUGGUUGAUCUUUUCGCUAAUCUUGGGAAGAAUACUGACUUCAACAUUCGAGAUUCUUACCUUUCCAAGCAAUUCAGAGAAGUUGAAUCCUAUUACAGCAGCAAUUGGGCAUACAUGAGACGCACUUACUUUAGUAGUCCAUGGUCAUUUAUCUCAUUGUCUUCUGCCAUCCUCCUUUUAGUUCUUACGAUGAUUCAGAGCAUAAUGUCUGUCUUAAGUUACAAGUGCCAUUGAGAUAAAUCACGGUGUUAAAUUUGCAAUUAAUGUAGCUAGAGAUUAUGUUAGGUUCUUUAGAAAUGGAUUGAAUUAUGGGUCUGUUGCUGAAAUUUUCUGAAGAUGAAAUUUUCUUUUUGCAAUCUAUAAUUGCAAUGGAACAUGCUCUUUUGGGAAAAUAUGAAAAUCUUGAGU